UCAGCCUGACGCAGUAGCUGCAGGGCGGCAGUCAGUACCGCCUGGAGAAGCAGCCACAUAAAGCAGAAACCAGAUCUCUCCAAGCUUUAACACUACUCACCAGCUUCUCAUUUCCCGUCUUUUUUUCCCUUCUUUUUUGGAUGCCUAUUUGUAUUUCAGAGUUCUGUAAAUUUUAAAUUUACAUUCAAACCCGUGCUCAUUCCCAAAAUGACUGGUGGCCCACUGACGGGGUUGCUGGUUGCGUUGUGCGUAAGCAGCGCAGUGCACUGCACGCCGAAGAAGAACAAAAGACAAACGGGUCAGUAUCAGGUGUAUCCAGAACUGUAUGACACGGAGGUUCUUACUCCAGCCAGGUGCGAGGAGAAUGGCAACUCCUACAGACUGAAUCAACAGUGGGAGAAAUCCUACCGUGGAAGCACAUUGCUUUGCACCUGCAACAGAGAAGCAGGCAUCAAAUGUAAAACAAAGCCUGAAGCGGCCGAGACCUGCUAUGACAAGGACAAUGGCCGGACAUACCAGGUCGGGAAAAGCUACGAGAGACCAAAGGACGGGCUGAUGUGGGACUGCACUUGCAUUGGCUCUGGAAAAAUCAGCUGUACCAUUGCAAAUCGUUGCCAUGAUAGUGGGAGGUCUUAUAAAAUUGGAGAAACUUGGCAGAAGCCUCACGAGAGCGGUGAAUACAUGCUAGAGUGUGUCUGCCUUGGCAACAACAAGGGGGAAUGGACAUGCAAACCUGUGGCUGAAAGAUGCUUUGAUAGCUAUGCUGCAUCGUCGUUUCUGGUCGGGGAGACCUGGGAGAGACCGUACCAAGGCUGGAUGAUGCUGGACUGCACCUGCAUCGGAGAAGGAAAUGGACGUAUCAGCUGUACCUCCAGGAAUCGCUGUAAUGUCCCUGACACCAGAACGUCCUACAGGAUUGGAGACACUUGGACAAAGACGGACAGCAGGGGGAACGCUAUGCAGUGUGUGUGCUUGGGAAAUGGGAGGGGAGAAUCGAGUUGUCAAAGACAAAUCAUAGGCCGAGGCACAGGUGGGGUUGUAACCCAGGCUCUGCUGCAUCAUCAUGUGCCCACCUCCGAGGGAAACUGCCAAACAGACUCUGGUGUCUCCUACCUUGACGGGCAUCGCUGGGUCAGGAGCCAGGGCAGCAAGCAGAUGCUGUGUACUUGUUUAGGCAAUGGAGUCAGCUGUCAGGAGUGGGAGAUCAGGAAGCAGGCGUACGGCGGAAAUUCUAAUGGUCAGCCGUGUGUCUUCCCAUUUGUCUUCAUGGGGAAGACGUACUACUCUUGCACUUCAGACGGACGCUCCGAUGGGCAGCUCUGGUGCUCCACAACCUCAGACUACGAGCGAGACCAGCAGUAUUCCUUCUGUACUGAAAUAAAUGCCAUCGUGGUGACACAGGGUGGGAACUCCAACGGUGCCCUCUGCCAUUUCCCCUACCUCUACAAUGGGCGCAACUACACAGACUGUACCACGGAUGGCCGCCGUGAUGGCAUGAGGUGGUGCGGUACCACCUACAACUAUGAUGUGGACCAGCGUUUUGGAUUUUGCCCCAUGGCUGCCCACGAGGAGGUGUGUACCACAAAUGAUGGAGUUAUGCACCGUGUUGGAGACAAGUGGGACAAACGCCAUGUCGCGGGUUACUUGAUGGAGUGCACUUGCCUGGGAAAUGGUCGCGGGGAGUGGAACUGCAUUCCCCACUCACAACUUCGAGAUAACUGUGUUGUUGAUGGUUUGACCUACGAAGUCAACCAGCAGUUUUCCAAGCGUCACGACGAGGGACACAUGAUGAACUGCACCUGCUUUGGACAGGGACGUGGAUACUGGAAAUGCGAUCCUAUUGAUCAGUGUAAGGAUAACAAUAUGAUCUAUCAGAUCGGAGAGCAGUGGGACAAACUCUUCAAUGGCAACCACUACAGAUGCACUUGUUUUGGCAAAGGAAGAGGAGAAAUGGGAUGUGAACCCCUGCAGACCUACCCAGGUGGCACCAGACCUAUCCAGAUUCAUAUAACAGAAGCAGGAAACCUGCCAGACUCCCACCCAAUUCAGUGGAACGCUCCAUCGUCCGCCCACAUUUCCAAGUACAUCCUCAAAUGGAGACUUAAAAACAGUCAAAAUCCCUGGAAGGAGGUCACCAUUCCCAGCAGCCGUAACGCCUACACCAUCAGCGGGCUCCGUCCGGGCGUGACCUACGAGGGUCAACUGAUCAGCUAUAUGCGCUACGGACAGCCCGAGGUCACGCGCUUCGAUUUCACAACCACCUCUGGCUCCUUGCAGACAUGGGAGGGAGAGACGACCGCUCCUGCGCCGGUGGUGGACAUGUCCGAGUCAGUGACAGAGAUCACCUCCAACAGCUUUGUGGUGUCAUGGACCUCGGCUUCUUCUACCAUCUCCGGCUUCAGGUUGGAGUAUGAGCUCAUCGAGGAGGGGGCUAAACCACAGUACCUGGAUGUUCCCCGCACCACCACGUCCGUCACCAUCACCGAUCUUCAGCCUGGCCGCAGAUAUAACGUCAGCGUGUACGAGAUGCCCGAGGGAGACGGAGAGCCGAACCUCAUCCUGACCACCUCGCAGACCACAGCACCUGAUACACCCACUCUGCAUCCGGUGGAUCAGGUCACAGAAACCUCCAUCCGCAUCAGCUGGAGCAAACCCCAGGCUCCCAUUACUGGUUACCGCUUGGUUUACACGCCAUCCGAGGAAGGCAGCAGCACCGAGCUCAUCCUCUCUGACACGGAGACUUCGGUGAUGCUGGUGGACCUGAGCCCCGGUCUCCUCUACAACAUCAGCAUCUACGCUGUGGAGGACAACCUGGAGAGUGAGCCUGUGUUUGUGCAGGUCAACACUGCUGGAUCUCACAAACGAGAGCAAGUCCCAGCGCCGACCGACCUGCAGUUCUAUGAGGUUUCAGAUACCAGGAUCAGUAUUACCUGGACAGGUCCGCCCACCGAGGUUACCGGAUACAGGGUGGUCUUCACACCGAUGGGCCAGGAUGGCACCGAGCUGCGGCAACUCCAGCUGCCCAUCUCACCCAACGCAUACGCCGAAAUCACCCACCUGCGGCCCGGCACACUCUACCGCUUCUACAUCUACGCCGUCAGAGGCGACGCUGAGAGCCAGGCUCUUGUGGGAGAGAAAUCUACCAAACCUGACGCACCCACAAACGUCCGUUUUACUGACAUCGGGCAUGACAGCGCCCUGGUCACCUGGGACGCUCCCCGUGCCAUGGUUACCGGUUUCCGCCUCCUCCUGAGCAUUGAGGGCUCCAACCCCGUGGAGAGGAGGAUCCCCGGAGUGGUCACUCAGUACCCUUUAAAGAAUUUGCGUCCAGACACUCGGUACACAGCAGAGCUGUACUCUGUGCAGGACAACGUGCCAAGCGAGGGCAUCACCACAUAUUUCACUACGGCCCCUCGGAUGGGAAACGCUCCUCCUUUCAGCACGGAGGUCACAGACACCUCCAUCAUUAUCACCUGGAUACCUGUCCGGAGAUUCAGCUACAAGCUUUCCGUGCUCCCAAGUGAGGAAGGCGAGUCCCCCAGAGAAGAGACGUCUGACUCUGGGCGUAUUGACAUUGACGGUCUGAACCCAGGAACGCGGUACACCUACAGCAUUCAGCCCAUUUUCAACGGCCGCAACCGUGGAAACCCCAUCACCCGCAACGUCGUCACCACUCUGUCUCCUCCCACUGAGCUCAGAGUGACGUCCAACCCCGACACAGGAGAUCUAACGGUCUCCUGGGUAGCCUCCAGAACACCAGGGAUCUCUGGCUAUAGGGUGACAAGCGAGCCAACCGGUGGCCAAAGAGGGAACUUCAUAGACGAGCUUGUUUUACCAGAUCAGAACACACACCUUCUGGAAAACCUCAAUCUGGGCGUGGAGUACAACGUCAGCGUGUUCACCGUAAAGGGCGAAGUGGAGAGCACGCCGCUGUCUACUGUUGUCACCCCAGAAAUCCCCGCCCCAACUCACAUUGACUUUGUCGACAUUACUGACACCACCAUUGGCCUGCGCUGGAUCCCCCCAAACCUUACCGCCGUCACCGCUUAUCGAAUAACGGUAGUAACCUCGGGCGAGAGCAUGCCUAUCUUUCAAGAUACGGUGGAGGCGUCCGCUGGUUACUACGUGGUUCACGGUUUGGAGCCCGGCGUGGACUAUGACAUCAGUAUUGCCGCUGUUACAGAGGAGGGAGAGAGCAAGCCGACCACACACACAAAGCAGACACGAGCUGCCCUGCCAGCUCCAACCAACUUACAGUUUGGAGGCGUGGGUCCGGACCACAUCCGAGUGACAUGGACCAUCCCCAACAUCGACAACACGGGUGACAUUUCCCGUUUCGUAAUUCGCUACCACCCCGCGGACACGGACGAUGACGUCAAGGAAGUCAAUGUCGGUGGUGCCACUAACACUUUCCUGUUGCAGAACCUGCAGCCCAACACAGAGUACCGUAUCAGUGUAGUCUGCGUCUACGGUGAACGGCAAAGCGAACCUGCAACAGGGACUCAGAGAACAACUCUGGACUCGCCGACUGACCUGCAGUUCACCAACAUUCGGACCAACUCCAUCACCGUUCACUGGCAGGCUCCCAUAUCCCCCAUCACCGGUUACCGAAUCCGCUACCAGAAGACAAGUGGUGGGCGAACCAAGGAGGAGCGGCUCCCCCCGACCAGGAACCACUUCACUUUGACCGGACUGGAACCGGAGGCUGAGUACAUGGUAUAUGUGUACGCUGUCAGCAAUGACCAGGACAGCCAGCCGCUGACUGGAACACAAGCCACCAUUUCCGACGCACCCACUGAUCUUGAGGUAGUGUCAUCGUCACCUACCAGCAUCACCAUCCGCUGGGACGCCCCCUCUGUUCAAGUCAAUAACUACAGGAUCACCUACGGAGGCACAAGCGGCGAGUCUCCAAAGGAGUUCACAAUCCCAGGCACUCAAACCACGGCCACCAUCACUGGACUGCAGCCUGGCACAGACUACACCAUCACAGUUUAUGCUGUUACUGCACGUGGAGACAGCCCUGCCUCCAACAGACCUGUCUACAUAACACACAGGACCGAUACCGAGCCCCCCACUGACAUGAAGGUCACAGACGUGACUGAUAACGCCAUCAAAGUGCGCUGGUCUUCGGCUCAGGGUCCAGUCAGAGGCUACAGAGUCACGGUUGUCCCCAAGAAUGGUUUGGGACCUUCCUACUCUGAAGUAGUGGCUCCCCAAACAACAGAAAAGACUUUCACAGGUCUGAAUCCCCACGUUGAGUACGUUGUGAGCGUGUACGCCUUGGGCAAUGAUGGACAACCCUCUUCCCCUGUGGUGGAAAAUACUGUCACUGCCAUGGACCAUCCCAAGGAUCUGAUCUUCUCUGACAUCGACUCCACCUCCAUGCGCAUCUCGUGGGACAGCCCCGACGGCACGGUGACAUCUUACCGCGUCUUGUAUUCCAGCUCAGAGGAGGGCGAGAGAGAGCUGCGCCCGGCUCCCAGAGGUGAUCAGGACAGCGCCGUGCUGAGAAAUCUGCAUCCUGGGACGGAGUACACCGUGAAGGUCAUCGCCCUCAACGGCCGGACUCCCAGCGCACCGCUAGUGGGAACCCAAGCAACAGUAAUCCCUGCGCCGACCGACAUGGUGGUCUCAGAGGUCGGACCGUCCGUCUUCACGGUCUCUUGGAUGGCUCCAAAUGCCGCCCUGACAGGCUACCGUGUGGUCGUCAUCCCCAAGAACGUUAACAGCCCCCGCAAAGAAAUGAACGUUGCUCCAGAUACCACCCGCGUAGUUGUGCCAGGGCUCAUGGUGGCAACAACAUAUCAGAUACAGGUCUACGCCUUGAAGAACUCUGUCACCAGCAGGCCCCUGGAAGGAGAGACCACCACACUGAGCGAGGUUAGUUCCGUUCGCCGACUGCGCAUCUCUGACGUGGGAGAAACCUCUUUAACUCUGAGCUGGCGCAGCAAAACAGAGCCAAUAACCGGCUACCUCGUUGAAGCUACGCCUAUGAGGGGCACUCAUGGCACCAUCCGAAGGACCAUACCAGAAGAUUUGAACACCUACACUUUGACCGAUCUGCGGCCGGGCACUACUUACUCUAUUUUCGUUUACGUGCUGAACGGAAACACAAGAAGCCCUCCGGCUACUGUUGUGGCUGAAACAGCUGGACCCGUGGUCCAGGCUCCCACCGGCCUUCAAUUUACAUCUUUGAGUCCCACUUCCAUCUCCUUCACCUGGCAGCCACCUCCCACACAAAUCACAGGAUACUUCAUCACCUACGAGGAGAAUGGAAGAGCCCCACAGGAGCUCUACCCACAGCCCCACCCUGGCCAAAACUACGCCACCAUAAAGGGUCUGAGACCAGCCACAGAGUACAUCAUCAAGAUCAUCGUCCUUCAGAACACGGAGAGGAGCCAACCUCUAGUGGGAAAGAUUAGGACUCAGCCAGACUCCUCGUCUCCCCUGCCACAUCGCCCGGGGGGUUCUGGCGGGCUGGAUGUGCCUGAACCUGACCUAGACAACCGAGUCCCGAUAGGACCCAACCAGGAUAUAACUGGGGGUCAGAUUCAGAUUGUGGAGUACACCGAUUUUAACAAGAAUGGAGGCAACCCGCAGUCUCCCAAUGAGCAAGUCCGUGAGCCCCUGGUCUUUGUCCCCCUCCCUGAUCCAGAGGGUCGUAGAGAGCCUGUCUUGAAGCUCAGGUUUCCCAUCGGAUCCCCGCUUUUUAACGAGACAGGAGGGCCACAGGAAGCCCAGACUCAAACCAGUAUCUCCUGGAAGCCUUACAAACAGAGCGAUGCCUACCUGCUGUCCUGUAAUCCCCUCACAAACAGAAACGAGAAGAUGUUCCAGGUCCGCCUUCCAGGCACAGCCACCACCGCCACCCUGAUAGGACUCAGCCCGGGAGAAAACUACAAUGUGAUCGUGGAGGCCCUGCUGGGAGCGCUCAGACAUAAGAUUCUGGAGCAGGUCGUCACCGCUGGAAACAAAAUAUUGAGUGGGGUCCCGACCAGCAAUGAGCCAUGUUACGAUGCCUUCUCUGCCACCUACCACGAUGUCGGGGGCGAAUGGGAGCGCAUGUCCGAGACAGGCUUCAGGCUGUGGUGCAGGUGCCUCGGCGGCGGCCACUUCAGAUGCGAUUCCUCCAAGUGGUGCCAUGACAACGGCGUCAACUAUCGCAUUGGGGAGCAGUGGGAUCGUCGCUCCGACAAUGGAAACUUGAUGACCUGCACUUGCUUGGGAAAUGGCAAAGGGGAAUUCAAGUGUGAACCACAUGCGUCCGUGUGUACCGACGAGGGCAAAACCUACCAGGCGGGCAGCCAGUGGCAGAAGGAGUACUUGGGCAGCAUCUGCACCUGCACUUGUUACGGAGGACAACAGGGAUGGCAGUGCGAGAACUGCCGCAGACCAGGUGCGAAUGCCGACACCACCCUGCUGCAGUCCGUUAGAUACGGAGAAAACACGCUCCGAAAAAAUAUCCAUUGCCCCAUCGAGUGCCUCCGACCUGAACUGCUAGCGGAUGGGAUCGCUCCUCACAAUUCCCAGAAAUAAGUUCUCGUUCCGUCGCACGAACACCCGUCUUCGCUCCGUCACCGCCUCAGCUGCUGCUGCUGCACUGUCUCACCUUGUAGAAGCCCUGCCAUUAGUGGGACUGCAUUAUCCCCCCCUUUUUUUUAACUAAUAUGUUCAUGUAGUUUUACUGCCCUGCUGUCUGAUCGGGCCAGAUCUUUGUUGCAAAGCCAGUCAGUUCACUGUGGAAAACACCUGCCCAAAGCGUUCAGCAUACUUGCAUUAGACUCUGAACUGAGGGUACUGAAGAACUAUUGGUGGUAAAUGCAUAUAAGGCUAUAAAGGUGACUUGUCACUUGUUUCGGCCGAUACCUGUUGAAUCUGUUCCUAAUCAUAGAACUAAAUGAGCACUGUGUUCCAAAACGCUGUUUUUUUUUUAUUGCCCAUGAGCAUCUGGUUCUCCUCUUCUGUAGCCUUUCUUUUAAGGCCGAGGUUGCACUGUGUGAGAUUGACAAAUGCCAAAAACCUCUGCCAUUUUGCAGUUUGCCUUUUUAAUCACGAUAAUCAAAUGUUUAAAACUAGGAUGUGAGAAUGUGAGCCGUUCUAUUUUUGUACUUUGUCCGUGCCAAUGUUUCAGUCUUUUGACAAAAGAAGUGCCUUAUUUUAAUAAAGCUGGAGAGAUUCUAAAUUGUGAA